AUGUCGUCGCAGACCAUGACGGCCCCAGCACUGGGUCAUCGUCCACCUGACACAGGUCAGGAAUCACCCAUAUACGACUAUGGCCGCUCACAGAACGUCGAUUCCCUUCCGAAUGACUCCAGGACCGACUCCGCAAUUUGCGACAUGCAUCAUUCGGUCCCAGCCUCGAAGGACUUAGCCCCCUCUAUAGGAAUUAAAACAGAGCCAUUGGAUCACCACACCUUCUCUACUGAAGCGGAAAAGGAAAUCAGCACACAAUCUGCCGCCGGCGCACUCCUUGCCCAGUUGCUAGGAAACCCUUCGUCAAAUUCUGCUCCUGCACCAGCGAACUCCACCGAUAUGCAAAUAGAAAACCCUGAGGUUAAAUUGGAAGGGCCAGGUUCUCAAUUUCUAGGUCUGGAGGGUCAAGAUACGUCGUUGGAUAUGAAUCCCUAUCAAGAUCAGCCUUCAACAUCGGGAGACACGCAUAAUAUCUCAAACGAUAACCUGCCCGGUGCUAGUUCACUUCCAGGAAUCGAUAUGACAAAUAAUGGCGCUUUCUCCUCGGAGAAUAUAUUUUCUGGUGGAAUGGAUGUUAUGAACGUGGACGGCCUUGAAGACCCUUUAAAAUCAACUUCGGAUCAACCAUCCCUGAUGCCUGCAUUUGAUUUCAAUGCACUGUCACAGGACCCAUUCGAGGCUCUCCACCAAAAUGAGCUUCUCACGGCCGCAUUCCUCGCGCAAAACUCUAACUUAUCUGCAUUGGGAUAUCAAGACAGCUUCAAUUCAGCCGCCGGUGAACCACGGAUCCAGGCGUUUGCAAAGCUGGAAUUUGAUGAUGGUCAUUUUUAUUGCAAUACAUACUCGUUCAUUCUCGGACGAGAUGUCCGAGCGGCGCGCGCUGCGCAUCAGCGAGAGCUCCAGUACCGGCAGGCCGUGCGAAGUUCUCGAGCAAAAAGUUCAAGUGGCGGCAACGUCUCGCAAACUCCUAACCGGAUGAAGCGAGAGGGGAGUGCUGCCAUGAUCGGCAGCGUCGUUAGUGACCGCGGAGGUAUAAUGGGCUUUGAUCCAGAUGUUCCCCCGCAUCUUCCAUCCAAUUUGAAUAUCAGCCGCCGGUCCUCGAAAUCUCCACUUGAUGAAUCGGCAAUGCCCAUGCAUGCCAAUCCCGCUGAACUACAAACAUCAACAGACUACAACGCGCUUGCUUUGGAAUCUUUACAAGAAGGCAAUGUCACUGGAAAUGGCAAUGGAGAGGCCAAGCCCGUCGAUGCGCUUGCUUUGCUCCCAUCUCCCGAUUCAUGUCCCACAAUUCCUAUUCACCCACCAACAACAAUGGAUGGCAGCGCUGCAGGCCAUCGUGGUAUAUCACGCCGCCAUGUUAAAAUCGCAUUCAAUUUUGACCGCAACCUCUUCGAAAUGGAAGUGAUGGGUCGAAACGGAGCUUUCAUUGGAGCUGAUUGGCUUUCACCUGGCCAACUUCGUCCAUUACAUAGUGGUGACUACAUACAAAUUGGAGGUGUUAGAAUUCGAUUCUUGCUCCCCGAAGUCCCUAUUGGAGAGACAGGCGCAGAUCGGAUGGAGGAGCUCGCAGAAGACGAGGAGUUGGAUGAUUCACCGGACGCCGAACAUGAGAUUGAUGAUAUGGAUAAGCCCCUCAGCGAUAGCGUCGACAGCAAGGAGCCUUCUAAGAAGAUCAUUCUCAAGACCAAUUUCGACAAGCCGGCGCUCUCUGCCGACUCCGGAGAAAAUGGCCAGCCCGCACGCCGUCGUGGACCUGGGAGGCCACCGAAGGAUGGAAUUAUGUCCAAACGGGAGCGGGCUGAACUUGCCCGAGAGCAGAAGAAUGCCGCUAAGAAGGAUGCUAAUGGAGGUGUUACGCCGCCACCAGCACCGCCUCUACCUCCAUCACAGCCUCAGCCUCAGCAGCAGCAACAACAGCAGCCGCAACAGCUACAACCGCAGCAACAACAGCAACCGCAGCAAUCACAGCAGCCGCAGCCCCCAGCGCAGCCCAAUUGGCCCAAGGCAGGGAAGGCCCCGAAAGAAUCUGUUGGUGUUGAGUCACCCACGCCAAAAGCUGCCGAGUCGAAGCGCAAGUAUAACAAGCGUAAGAAGGAUGCAAACGGUGUGGAUUUCCCUCUGCCUUCGACUGAAGGUGGUGCGUUCUCUACAGAGCAUCGGGCUGAGGAGUAUGUGAAGCCUCCGCCGGUCAAGAAACGAAAGCCAUCUCGAUCACCGUCCCCGAAUUACCCUCCAGAAUCUGCUUACACGCAGGAAGAUCUGGCCAAGCCUCCUUACAACUACGCUGUCCUCAUAUUCGAUGCCCUUACCGAAGCUGGCAUUCCGAUGACGCUGAAGCAAAUAUAUCGAGCUUUGAAAUUGAAGUAUCCAUACUUCCGUUUCAAAUGUGAGACCGAAGGCUGGACAUCGAGUGUGCGACAUAAUCUUAAUGGUAAUAGCCACUUGUUCAUGCACGCCGAGCGAGAUGGCAAGGGCUGGUCAUGGCAACUCAAACCGGGUGCAUCUGUUGAAAAGGAAAAGAAACGACGACCCUCACCUCCUCCGCCACAGCCGGUGCCUCAAUCUGCUCCCCAGGUUUAUAUGGGACCUAUGUCUCACUCCUAUAACCCAGCUGGUAUUCCUCCAAUCCAAAAUCAGCAUCAGCACCAGCAGCAAUUCCAAUUCCCUUCUUCGAUACAAACUCCUUCAUUUUCAGCGGCACCAAUUGCUCCUCCUCAGCAUUCUAGUCCCUACCCGCCAUCCAUUGCUCCAUCUUCUGUUCCUCUCUCGGCUCCCUCUGCAAUCUCGGCCCCCUCACAGGCUCAGGCUCCAGCUCCAGUUCCAGUUCCAGCUCCUACUCCUGCAUCUUUCCCCAUCCCAAGUACUAUCCGCAACAAUCUUCCGGCCGCCUUUGCUCGGACCGUUCCCUCGACCUACACCUCUCCCUACGCCUCCAACGCCUCUUCGCAGCCGUCUCAGGCUGCCCCCAACCCCUCUACACACAUUCCUCAAAUCCGGCAGUCUAAUACACCCCAAUCUGGUCCAGGGCCAGCCCAACACCAAUCUCCCUACGCCCCAGUGUCUUCGUCUCAACAGCACACCACCUCGCAGCCAGCAUUUCCUCCUCCCGUUGCUCCUUCUCAGUUUCAGCAACAUCAAAAUCAUCAACCGCGACAGCAACCGGCCCCAUCUCAGCCUCAGCAUAUGCCACCAUCGCAUCACGAACCUCAGAACUCGUCUGUCCAACAUCAAGUUCAUCAAGGGCAUCAAGGACAUCAAUUGCAUCAAGGGCAUCACGGGCCCGGAAAUUCUCAGCCCCAGCCACUUUCCCAGGGUCAAAAUCAUAAUGCCAGACAGUCUGAGCCAUCGUUCCUUGAACGUGCGAACAAGGCCAUCGAUGAUUUUGAAGCCGUGCUGGUAGAUGAUUAUACUGAUAAGAAUUACAUCAAGGAGGUUCUCCGCAGUGCUCGCGCACAAGUGCUGGGUGGUGCCACCGAAAGCUCAUUCCCACAAGGUGCAGAGGACGAAGCGGUCAUCAUGAAAGUUCUCAGAGAUCUUGUUGAAAAUCUCAGAGACUCCUAG